GUUUGCACGCGGAGGGCACCGAGGCUCUCGGUCUGCUCGCCGCGCGGGUGCCGCGCGGCUCGGCGGGCCGCACAGAGGAGGGCUCGGGGGCGGCAAGACAGGAGGAGUACAGAGGUGGAGAAGUGGAGGGAACUGGGGCGGGCGCUCGGCUAAAAAAAAGCGGGCAGAAGGACGCGUGCAAGGCUAAGGGCGCGCCGAGGCUGGCGGAUCGCGGCGCUCGCGGGCGCCCCUUCCGGGCACCGGGGAGGGGCCGCUCGGGCAGAGAGGCGGUCGCGCCCAGGCCUCGCCCCGAGGGCACCCCUCGCGGCAGCGCGCGCCCAGCCGUGGCGGCCCGCCGCGGGAGGCCGCGGCCAUUCCGGAAUUAGGUGACUUGAGCGGGGCGCUCGCGCGGGGCGCGGGUGGCCGGCCGGCCGGCGCCGCGCCCCGCCCCGCACGGGGAGGGGGGAAAUCGGUGGCCGAGGAGAGGCUCGGACGAGGUCGGGGCGCUGCAGCCGUGGCGCGCCGGGCGUGGGCCUCGUGGUCCGCAGAGCCCCGGGGGCCCUCGCGAAAGGUCGACUCGGCCCGAGGAGCGCCGCGGAAGGGUCGGGUUGACCCAAG